AUGGUCAGAAAAUUGGUAUCCUCCCUGCUAUCGCCCAUUUUCCUCGUUCUUGUCCUCUUCCUCCUUCCCUUCCUUGCAUCAGCUCGUUCGGGCUCACGAUCAGUAGGCCUAAAUUUACAAUCUGAAUCUGAACCAUCCGAUGGCAGAUGGACUGACGUGCUGAGACUAAUCCAAGUGGCAGAAAACAAGCCACCCACGUGGUUAACGGAAGACGAGAUUCUAGUUUUGAUUAGGGCGGGAGUAAAGUUUAUGGACGUUACCGAGGAUCAAAAAGGUGUGACAGCCGUUGCAAAGAAGACCAGAGUCUAUCCCGAUGUGCCUAACUACGUUUCCGAAGUAUCCGAGUUUAUUCCGCUUCUAGAAGCUCAAAGAUUAAAAACAACUCUCAAGGCGUUUACCAAUUUCCACACACGGUACUAUCGCUCAUCUUCAGGGGCAGAUUCAUCAAAAUGGUUGUUUAAACAGAUUCUCGCGAUCAUCAACGCUGCAAGUGACGAUAUUGAUGUGUCGGUAAAAAAGUUCAAACAUUCGUGGGUACAGAAAAGUAUUAUAGCACGAUUCGAGGGUAGUGAUCCGGACAGACAGGAAGAGGUUGUUAUUGUCGGAGCGCAUCAAGAUAGUAUCAAUAUGUGGUUCCCCAUGGUCGGGAGGUCUCCAGGAGCCGAUGAUGAUGGAAGUGGUACAGUAACAAUACUCGAAGCCUUCCGUGUCCUGGUCGAAGGCGGCUUCAAACCUACACGCCCAGUCGAGUUCCAUUGGUAUUCUGCCGAAGAAGUUGGUCUAUUGGGAUCGCAAGCGGUGGCACAGUAUUAUGCACGCCAAGGGAGAGAUGUCAUUGGAAUGCUUCAGAAUGAUAUGACCGGAUAUGUCGGAAACCAAAAGGGUUCAUUUGGAAUUAUUGUCGAUUACGUGGAUGAUGAUUUGACGCUGUUCUUAAAGAAGCUUGCAAGGCAGUAUGCGAACAUGCCUAUUGUAGAUACCAAGUGCGGGUAUGCUUGUUCUGAUCAUGCAUCUUGGAGGAAGGCCGGCUACCCAUCUGCCUUUGCUUUCGAAGGAAAGUUUGAGAACUCUAAUCCAUACAUUCAUACAUCGAAUGACGUUUUAGAGAAUCUUGACUUUGACCACAUGCUUGAAUUCUCAAAGUUGGCUGUCAGCUUUGCCGUGGAAUUGAGUCAUAUCGACUAA